CCCCUGGGCGCGUGCGCGGCGGGCGCAUCCCGGGUCGGCGCGCGGGGGGACGGCGGGAGAGGCUGGCAAUGGUGCUGGAGACUUUGGCCCGCAUCGUCAAGGUCCAGCUGCCUGCGUACCUCAAGCGCCUGCCGCUGCCCGAGAGCGUCGGCGGCUUCAUCCGCCUCACAGUUUCAGAAUGGCUGCGGUUACUGCCUUUCCUGGGCGUGCUGGCCUUGCUCGGUUACCUUGCUGUUCGUCCCUUCCUCCCCAAGAAGAAACAGCAGAAGGAUAGCUUGAUUAACCUUAAGAUCCAGAAGGAAAAUCCCAAAGUAGUGAAUGAGAUCAACAUUGAAGAUCUGUGCCUCACUAAAGCUUACUGCAGGUGUUGGCGUUCAAAGACGUUCCCUGUCUGUGAUGGCUCCCACAACAAGCACAAUGAGUUGACAGGAGAUAAUGUAGGUCCACUAAUACUCAAGAAGAAAGAAGUAUAGCAGAUGCUUAAUCUAGGUCUUGACUGAUAAAAAGUAUUUUAUACUGUUGUAGUUGCAAGCGACAGCGUUUUGUUAUGUGAUUGGUAUGAUUUAGUUUCAUGAUUGCUGUAGAUUUCUUUUUGGAAUAAAUUGCAUUUAGACAGUGA